AUGAUCCUUCUUUCUGUUUGCGGGGACGGCCUUUCUCUCGUUCCGCCGCCAGCCGCCGCAGCUGACGGGGACUCGCCGAGCGCGUUACAGCGCGGUUUGAGCCGGUAUAUCAAGAAGAAGAAGCUGGAUCCGCUGGAGUCGUUCGUGCCGUCCGUGCUGCUGACGCGCGAGCAGCUGCUCCUAGUCCAGGCCGUCGUCGACGACCAAGCCUCCACCCCCGAAGACCUCAACCAGGCGCGCUCCCUGCUGCGAGCGGGGCCCGCGGGCACUCUCCGCGGAGACCUGCGCGCAAUUACAAGGUACGCGGCGGAAGGCGCGGCAGCGGGGCUGGCCUACACGCCGGGAGGGGACGGCUACUUCCCCGGCAGUCCUGAGGCCGGCGCGGUGGCGAGUGCGGCAGCGGAGCGGUGUCUGGAGGCGCUAAGCGGGCUGGAUACGCUGCUCCGCCUGAACCAGCCAGACGGGCGUGCGCGAAUGGCGAAGCAGGCGGCGGCGGCAGUGAGCGCGCUGGACGAGGUGCUGGCGACGGUGCCAGAGGCGAUUAUGGCGAAGAGCGAAGCCAUUGUGGCCAAGUACCUCGUGCCUGCCGCUGACAGUGCCGCGGACAGUGCCGAGAGCACCGAGAGCACGGUGGAGAAGGAAGGGGAAGCGGACAUUGGAGUAUCUGGGCAGGGAGCAGAUAAUGGGGCUGGGGGGAGUGGCUCGGGGGCAGUGUUGAAUGCAUCGCUAGUGUCUCUCCGCUCCUCGCGUCGCAUCCACCUCGCCGCGAGCGAUCGUCUGCAGCGACAUGAGCUGCCUCAUCCGCCUCCCCUUCCCCCGCCUCUGACGGGUUUCGUCUCCUCAAGAACGCUACUCGCCCCUGCCUCCACUGCCAGCCCCCCUCCACCCACAACUCCUCCUCCCCGUCCCCCUCCCCGUCCCCCCUCCCCGUCCGCCUCCUCGUCCCCCACAAAGCAGCUCCACACAAACCACGAAUCCUUCUCCGCCGCCCCGACCCCCUUCACCACCCCCUCUCAAGCCCCCUCCCCCUCGCCCACUUUCUGCUCCCCCUUCCUCCCCUCCACCUUCAUUUGCCACAUCUCUCUCUCCCCCGCGCACAUCUCCCUCUCCCCCGCGCACAUCUCCCUCUCCCCCGCGCACAUCUCCCUCUCCCCCGCGCACAUCUCCCUCUCCCCCGCGCACAUCUCCCUCCCCCCCGCGCACAUCUCCCUCUCCCCCGCGCUCAUCUCCCUCUCCACCGCUCACUUCGCCCUCUCCCCCGCGCACGUCUCCCUCUCCCCCGCGCACAUCUCCCUCUCCCCCGCUCACAUCUCCUUCUCUCCCGCUCACAUCUCCCUCUCCCCCGCGCUCAUCUCCCUCUCCCCCGCUCACAUCGCCCUCUCCCCCCCACACAUCUCCCUCUCCCCCGCGCACAUCUCCCUCUCCCCCGCGCACAUCUCCCUCUCCCCCGCUCGCAUCUCCCUCUCCCCCGCGCUCAUCUCCCUCUCCCCCGCGCUCAUCUCCCUCUCCACCGGAACAUCGCGGUCCGUCGAGUGGAGAGGGCCCUGCAACGGGCAGGGGCUGCGGGUGCAGCGCCUCUACGGCCAUGUUACCGCGCCUUACUCCGCGUGUGCCCUGCUCCCCGUGCGGCGUGCGUCGCAGGUGGACGGGACGAUAACAGUGGAUCCAAGGGGCGUCUCCCCGCUGACGCCCAUCAUCGCGCUGCACAACCUGCGCUACCUCAUCCUCGCCGGUCGCGGCGUCAUCGACGGCGGCGGACAGGCCGUGUGGGGGCGCGCGUCGAAGCGGCCGUACCUGGUGGAGAUCGUGAAGAGCAGCCACGUGGAGGUGACGGGGAUCACGCUCGUGUUCAUGGCAGACGUAACACACACCCAAGACCACACAAUCACUCACAUCCCUCUACUCCCGCCUCCCCUUCGCCCUCUCGUGGCGCGCAUCCGCAGCAACCCGCCGAUGAUGCAUCUGAGCAUCAAGUACUGCGCGGGCGUGCGCAUCCACGCGGUCAGCACGGCGAGCCCCUACAACAGCCCCAACACCGACUCCAUCCACAUCGCCUCCUCCUCCGGUGUCGUCGUCGAGAACUGCACGCUGCACGGCGGUGAGCGCAAUCACGGGGGGUGCACUGACGGGGGUGCAGAGAGGUGGGUGCACUCGCCCUCGCACAGUGUAGGGACGGCCUCGCUGCCCUGGCUUGAAACGCGCUGUGACGACAACGUGUCCAUCAAGGGCUCCUCCUCCAACAUCGUCAUCCGCGACGUGCUCUGCACUGCUGGCCAUGGCAUCAGGUAUGCACCUGGUCAGGCCAUCUUGUGGACGCUGGCUCUUGUUGCAGUGACUUGCGAUUCCGCACAACCCUCACCUGUCUUCCUCCUGGCCCCACCCACUCCUGCUGCCCACCCUCGCCUCUCUGAACACGUGUGCACGUGUGGCAGCAUCGGCAGCCUGGGCAGCAGGCCGAGGCGCGGGUGUGUGUCAAACGUGCGGGUGAAGAAUGUGCAGCUGGUGGGGCUGCAGACGGGGCUGCGCAUCAAGACGUACCGGGGGGGCGAGGGCGCCGUGCACAACGUGCGCUACACCAACGUGCGCAUGACCGACGUCACCUACCCCAUUCUCAUCGACCAGUACUACUGCGAGAGACAGCCCUGCUCUGCCAAGCCCGGCUCCUUGGCGGUGUUUGAUAUUCACUACAAUAACAUACACGGCACCACCAACUACACGCGCAGUGGGGGCAUCAAGUUCGCCUGCAGCCCACGCACACCGUGCGGGCGUAUCUCAAUGCGCAAUGUGCGGAUUCAGCACUCGCGGACCAACACGACGCUCUCGCCCAUCUUGCUCAAUGCAUAUGGCAGCAGCAAGGCCGUGGUGCCAGGCAUAAGCGCGUCAGCUUGGAAGAAGGGGAAGCUGCCGUGGAGCAAAGCAUUUGCAGUCGCAAAUGAUGACGGUAUACAAGUAGGAGAUGUCGUGGAGAACGCCGAGCAGGCACACCACCAGCCGAGCCGACUGUGCAGCACAAUGCAGGUUGUCGUCCGUUUACAGCACAGUCUGUCUCUCCUAUGUGCGCUGCUCACGCUGCUAGCAUGUGGACCCUCCGUGGUUUCCGCCGUUCACUGCAGCAGCUCGCUGCGGGACCGAGUGAGCUACGCAGAGGCUCGAGAACGAGAGCUUUUAGGCGAAACCGUGCCUCCACGCGAGCGAAGCAGCGACGGCGACGCAAUAGGUGCAGAUCCGCCGACGGAAGCAUGCGUGUUUGACGUCGUGGGCGCACGGUUCAGAAAGAUCGACGUGAAUCCUGUCAGUCCCUUGUUGAGUCUGGAAGACGCCUGGGCACCCGCGGAGGGCAGCACGGGGCUGUCGGGCGACUGCCGCUUCCUGCUCACUUCGUCGUGUGACAUUGCCGUCGUCCGACCAGCGGCAUGUGACGAUGGCGAUCCGUGCACCAUCGACCACUGCGUAUGGCACGCCGAUAGGCCCUUUCCUCUCGCCGCUUGCUCCCCACUCCCCGCUUGCUUCUAUGCCCCCCCGCAUUGCGUGCACACUCGAAUCCCCAACUGCUCGCUCCGCAGCCGUUCCUCCCCACUGCCUUUCGCCGACUCUCUAAUCCUCCGCCCUCCGCUUUUCAACAAUUCGCUCCCGUCGAACCUCACCGCCGCGCGCCGCGUGCACCAGCCGUCCAUCGGCGUGGGCCCAAGAGCCUUCCGCAACCACCCGGAACCCCUCUCCCCCACUCGGCGUCUCUCGCGCCGCGUGGUUUUGCACAGCGGCGCCAGGCACCGGGUGCGGGAGCAGCCGCCAGAGUCAGCGCGGAUCUCCCCUAGUGGCUCGGCGCAAAAGCAGGCGUGGGCGUUCAACGCAACGGCGUGCCCGCUGAACUCCUCGGAUCUGCACCUGCUCUACCCAUUCACGCCGCUGCCGGACGUCCAGCCGUCCGUAUUUACGUCGAACCUAGAACCGAACCUCCUUGUUUCCAGGUCCGGCGAGGCAACCGAAGCAGGCAGCGAGGCUGGGGAAUUGACUUUGGAUCCGUCUACGUUCGUUCCCGCUGCCGCUACGUGUCCACCGCUAGGUCUAGUGCCGGUGCCGCCGCAUCCUCCGUCGCUGUAUCCGCCUCCUAUCCCUGCACCUUCCCCCACGCCUGUCCGUCCCAGAAUGCACUCCGCUCCCCCUCUUCCUCCCUCUCCCCCUCCACUCCCCCCUCCCCCUCUGCCUCCCCCUCCCCCUCCCGUUCCCCCUCCCCCGCCCCCUUCCCCCCCCCCUGCCCCCGACCACUUCCUACGCCGCUUUCUCUUCUCCUUCCUCCUGCCCUUCCGCCGUCCCGUCCGCCCGGCCAAACCUAGCGGUGCAAAAUUGUUGCCAUCCCCUCCGCCCCCUGGGGCCGCUAUUCCCCCUCCACCGCCCGCUGCUCUCCUCCCGGCUCCCCCACCACCUUCCCCAGCGCUCCUUUGUGGCUUCGAAAGCACCACUUCCGCCGGCACACUCGCUGACUCGCCACCCCCGCCUCCCCCGCCUCCCCCGCCACCGCCAGACGCCCUACCGCCACCAAGCCCUCCUCCGCCAUUCCCCCCGCCUGCUCCGCCACCGCCGUCUCCUCCGCUAAUCGUUCCAUCCCCCCCUCCCCGACCACCUCCGCCAUCACCGCCUCCCCGCCCUCCUCCGUCUCCCCCUCCUCCUCGCCCCCCUCCUCGCUCCCCACCUCCCAGUCCGCCGCCCUCGAGAACCACGCCUACGCUACCGCGCAGUCCCCCACCGAAGAAGCGCCAUCCACCUCCCAAGCGUCUUUUUCCCCCAAUUUUCCGCCGCCACCCUCCGCCUCCCAGGAGGCACAAGCCCCCCCCUCGGCGUCGCAGUCCCCCUCCCCCAAAGACCGCGCGUCCUCCGCCUCCCCCGCGCGCCCCCCCGCCCCCCCGCCGCAGACCGCCACCUCGAAGGCGGCGUUCCCCACCUCCGCGUCGCCACCGCUCCCCGCCUCCCCGUCGCCGUUCUCCGCCACCAAGGCGCCGAUCGCCUCCCCCGUACGUGCGCCGCUCCCCGCCCCCGCCCCGACGCUCCCCACCCCCGGACCCCGCUCCAAACGACGGUAUCUACGACGUGCACGACUUCGGCGCCGUGGGCGACGGCACCACGGACGACAGCGGCGCGAUGAACCGCGCGUUCCUAGCCGCGUGUAGGUACAGCGGCGGCAGCCCCCCGCGCGCGACGCUGCUAUUCCCGCGCGGAUACACGUUCUUUGUGCGGUCUAAGAACUUCGUUUGGAAGGGGCCGUGCGGGGGCGCGGGGCUGCUGGUCCGCGUGGAAGGGCGCAUAUCCGUGUAUCCGCGCGGCGUGCUGGCGGAAAACCCCAUCUUCAGCUUCCAGAAGAUCAAACGGCUCGUGAUCGCGGGUUCGGGCGUGAUCGACGGCGGGGGGCAGGUGGUUUGGGGGCAUGGAUCGCACAGGCCGUACUUGCUGGAAGCGAAGCUGUGCGAGGGGGUGGAGGUCUCCGGCAUCACGCUCAGUUGUGCUGCUGCCGUGCUUGCUGCUGGAACCGCUUACCGUCCAUACAGCAACAAGUACUCCCUCUUCUGCUCAAGCGUGACGCUCCCUCUCACCCGCCCGCCCAACCCUGAGCACCAUGGCAUCAAUCACCCCCCCCCUGUCCGCGUCGUGCGGCAUUGCUGGGUGUGCGUGGUGCCCCCCCCUGUCAGGAACCCGCCGAUGAUGCAUCUGAGCGUGGUGUACAGCAGCAACGUGUGGAUCCACGACUUCACGACGGACAGCCCCUACAACAGCCCCAACACCGACUCCGUGCACCUGGGCGUUGUCAAAAACGUCGUCGUCGAGAACUGCACUCUGCACGGUGGUGAGCCGCGCAAGGGAGUGGGUUAA